AUGGUGAGAGUGAAGUCGCGACCUGGUGCUUUAUCAGAGCAGGAAAGAGAGGAUCGUAUACAUCGAGCACUGUCAAAGAGGGCGGAAUACAACACUCCUUGGUCAGUUCUCGCACUAGAAUUUGGUAUUGCCGCAGCUACAUUGAACGAUCGAUUCAAUGGCAGAAAAAAUAGACGGGAAGCACAUCAAGACCAGCAGAAGCUACCACCAAGCGUGGAAAGGGCACUUAAGAAAUGGUGCCAGGACAUGGACGAUGCAGGUUUUCCACCCAGGAUUGAUCUACUGCGGGGUAUGGCGACAGCUUUAGCGCAGAAGAUCGCGGAAGAGGAACAUCUUGGGCCCGAUGCAGCACAUAUUGGACGAAACUGGAUAACACGUUUCCUUGAUAGGCAUCCAGAUCUUUCAGCCAAAUACAGCACCCAACUGGAUCGUCAAAGGCAGCUAGCAAAUAAUCCCAUCACGUUAAGAGACUACUACAAUAACCUAAACCGGCUUAUCCACACCCUAAUCUCUAAAAGGUUUCGCCCCAACCAGGAUACGUACAAUUUUGACGAGAAAGGGUUUAUACUUGGUUACUCAUCAAAAGCGAAAGUGAUCUGCCGGUCAGGGAAAAGAAAUCCAAACGUUGCCCAGGAUGGUUCCCGGGAGUUGAUCACAGUCAUUGAAGCGGUCUCUGUAGCAGGUUGUGUUCUUCCAGCUUGGGUAAUCUAUAAAGGGAAGAGUCAUUACAUGGGUUGGCAACAAUCGACAGAUGAUGCGGAAGCGGUCUUUUGUUUUAGCGACAAUGGUUGGACAAACAAUGAUAUGGGGUUGCGAUGGUUGAAAGAACACUUCGACAUUCACUCCAAAAAGAUCAGUGGAGCCCAACCACGCCUAUUGAUUUUAGAUGGUCAUGGUUCACACCUAACCUAUGAGUUUUGCUCUUAUGCCUCCUCUCAGAACAUUCAUAUCAUGUGCCUCCCUGCCCAUUCAACUCACCUACUUCAACCUCUAGAU